AUGAAGUGUGCAUUAAGGUUACUAUCACGUUCAGCAUGGAAGGGCCCCAACAUCGUCCCCUUACCCAUCAAAGAAGCCAUGAGUAAAGGAACCCCCAUUAGAACAAAUGCUAGAUCCGCAACGAUAUUACCACAGUUCAUUGGAUUAAAAUUUCAAAUACAUAAUGGGAAGGAAUAUAUGCCUUUGGAAGUCACGGAGGAUAUGGUUGGAAGGAAAUUGGGGGAGUUUGCUCCGACGAGGAAGAGAUUUAGUUACACUCAGACAAAGAAUAAGUAG